CUUUACAUUGGUGAACCGUUGGUGUUUCUCUCAAGCCCCCAUGCCCCUCAAUUUUUGCUCUUUUUGUCCCAUUUUGAUAUUUCCCCUUUGCUUCUGAUAUAAAACCUCUCUGCUAUAUAAGGUGAAGUUCUCGCGCGCUAGGAAAUACAGUACUUUAGUCCAAUGGUCAAGUACACGAUGACUAUAGUCAAACCGCGCGAAAUUAGGUCAAAAUCUCCACUUCAGUUGUACUUCUUUUUUCAAUUUCUAUUAUUUCUCCACUGCUUUUUUCUGCUCGAAUUAGGGUUAAUACUGAACAGAAAUUGCGAUUUGGUUCAUUUAUCAACUCACGCCCUAGUUGAAUUGUUCAAAGUCUGUAAUUGAUAUUGCCACAUGCUUAUGUUUGGUUGCCGUAAAAAAGCGGACUAAAAAAUGCGAUUGAUUGUUAAAGUCUGUAUUGCUUAGUUACUAUGGAUUUUAAUGUGUUGGUUACUUUGUUCAUUUUAAUGUUUUCAUAAAUCAUAUGUUCAUUUUAAUGGAGUCUAACAUAUUUGCUUAUAUGUUACUUUUUAUUUUUAGCAAUAGGUGAUAUUUCCUUUCCCAUCACCAUCGUCUUUGAUAUCGCCGGAGUCUAUUCGGUCGGCUAUGCCUCCUCCGGAUGGCGAAAUUGAUUUUGGAAGAGAUGUAGAAGAAGAAGAAAAAGAAGAAGAAGAAGAGGAGGAGGAGGUAGGGAGUGGAGACAAUGAAGAAGAGGUAUUGAGUGGUACUAAUGAGACAACAAAAAAUUGUAAACAGAGAAUUGAGGAACCGAAGGUGCGAAUGGAAUUUGACACAUCAAACGAAGCUUAUGUGUAUUACUUAAGAUAUGCUAAACAACAAGGAUUUUCUGUGGCAAAAAGAACGUCAAGAAAGGGAAAAGAUGAAAACUUGAAGAAUCUAACUCUUCAAUGCAAUCGUGAUGGAAAGGCAAGGGUGAAAGGAAGCAACCCGGUGAAACCACGGCCACAAACAAAAAUUGAUUGUCCGGCUCACCUUAUUGUUGCUUCAUAUCCAAAUGGAAAGUGGAGGUUAAACCUAGUUGUCUUGGAGCACAAUCACGAUCAAAGCUCGGAAAAGUGCAGGUUCUUCAAGAGUAAUAGGGUAAUUGAUGAACAUGUGAAAAGAAAGCUCAUGUUGAAUGAUAAAACCGAGAUUAAAUUGCCCCAGACUUAUGCCUCACUUUAGAUUAAGGCGGGGGACCUGAUAAGCUUCCAUAUGGUCAGAAGGAUUGCCAGAAUUAUGUGGACAAACAACGACGUUUAAAACUUGUGGAAGGAGAUGCUGAAGCGAUGCAUAGUUAUUUCAUGAGAAUGAAAGUUGACAAUUCUGACUUCUUUUGUGCCAUGGAUUUGGAUGACAAGGGUCGACUAAGGAAUGUAUUCUGGGCCGAUGCAAGGA